CUGGUUUUAUACAUACACAUAUUUAACCUCCGAUAAGACAUCCUGGUUUUAUAUAUACACAUAUUUAACCUCCUUAUUAUCAUUCAGUUAGUCCUAACCCCUGUAGACUGCGUGAAAUCAUGCCUAAAAAGAUCCGGAAUAAGAGAAGCCGGAGAAGGGGAUUGAAACCUAAAUCUGUCAACACUGAACCUUGCUCUGAAGCCAGCACUGAGAAAUCGGAGCAAACUCUUCUAAACUCUUCUGAUUCGGUUCCAACUGUGUCUCCUGAGCAAUCUGAGGACGAAUGGCAGGAACUUGUUGAGCAAGUAGAAUCCAAAAAUAUUCAAGAAGCUUCUUCUACCAACAAACCUGAAAUUGAACCUAAUAAAAUUUUGGAAACCGGGAGCAAACCUGAUUUAGGAUUUUUCGCUAACGCAUCAGACCAGUGUAAAAUGAAAGAAGUGCACAAUCAGUCUGCCUAUCCUUCCAAAGGGGUAGCAAUAAAUCACCCUUGCCCCAGGACAAAAGUUCUACCCUCCGAAAUCAACAAGCAAAUGUACAAUGAACACCCUCUGCCUUACAAAUCAGAAAUGUCUAUUUCUUCAGCUCUGGUUAAACCAAUGCCCACGGUUUGUUCAGCACAUGACCCUAAGCCCUGGCUUGCUACCGAGUUUCUUCGCUAUGAUGUAACUAAACUUCAGGACGUUGAGAGAGCUUUCUUUGAACAUAAAUAUAAGAGGUCUGCCCCGGUUGAAGAUGAUAGCGCUCAUUCAGCAGCUGAUAAACCUGCUUCUAAACCAGACAAGAAGGAGAAGAAAAAGGCUGGUUCCUCCAAGAAAGAAACGAAACCUGUGGAGAAGGUUUGGAGUAAUAAAGCCGAUUGUGAUGACGCUGAAACAAAACUUCAGGAACGAUUGGCGCAGCCUGAAUAUCGCAACCCUGCCAACGGAGAGUGCACUUUCAUCAUGUUGAAACCCGACGCCGUGCACCGCGGCCUGGUCGGAACUAUAAUUUCACGCUUCGAAUCCCGUGGAUUUAAGCUCCUUGCCGCCAAGUUCAUGAGGGCUAGUAAACCUCUGUUGGAGACUCAUUACUCCGACCUGGCCAAGAAAGGAUUUUUUCCUGAAUUAAUCCGGUACAUGGGUUCUGGUCCUGUAGUCCCUAUGGUGUGGCAGGGACUCAAUGCUGUCAAGCAGGGGAGAGUUAUGCUUGGAGCAACUAAUCCUAAGGAUUCUGCUCCCGGAACCAUUCGUGGUGACUUCUGUGUCGAUGUUGGUCGCAACAUCAUCCACGGGAGCGACAGCGUCGAGUCCGCAGAGAAGGAGAUUAAGCUGUGGUUCACCCAGCAAGAGAUCUCCAGCUGGAGAAGUUCGCAAACAGAAUGGGUUUAUGAGGAGGAGGAGUUAAAAGGUUCCCUGGCUGAACAACUGCACAAGACGAGGAGUCAGGUUGGUGGGCCGGAAAGCCUCUCAGCUCAGAUUGCCCGGGCGAGACAACACAUUAAAAACUCGCUUGAAUGUGUCGACGGUUUAGUAGCAAACGUAGACGAAGACGAAAUGGCACUUGCAUCUAAACUGAGUGCUCUUGAGCUUGAAAACAAGCAGUUGAAGAAGGUGACUGAUGAUCUGAAAAGUCUGAUUCUGAGACUUGAAGGCCGAGUUACCAGCUUGGAGGGAGGGAAAGCACCCGCCGCAAAACCUGCUGCAGAGGAUGAUGAUGAUGAUGUUGAUCUGUUUGGAUCUGAUGAUGAUAAUGAAGAGGUUGAUGCUGAGAAGGCCAGAAUAACCGCUGAGAGGCUGAAGGCCUAUGCAGAGAAGAAAUCUAAGAAGCCAGCACUCAUCGCUAAAACCUCUGUUCUCUUCGACGUCAAGCCCUGGGACGAUGAGACCGACCUCGACAAAAUGCUGGAGUGCUGCAAGAGUAUUCAGAUGGACGGUCUGGUCUGGGGAGCCAGCAAGAAGGUUCCAAUCGGUUACGGAAUCGAGAAGCUCCAGGUUAUGUGCAUUGUAGAAGAUGAGAAGGUUUCCAUUGAGGAGUUGGGAGAGAAGAUCGAGGAGUUUGAGGACUAUGUUCAAUCUGUUGAUGUAGCCGCCAUGAAUAAGAUCUAGUUCAUUCAACUUUUAUUGUUUUAUUUCAUUCCAGUGAAAUUUUACUCCUAAUAAAUCUUCAACACACUAUA